GCGCUCUCCUCGCUCGCUCGCGUCUGUGUCCGCGCGUACCAGCUCCCCGUACCACGAACUGAAACCAGUAAAGAAAAACGGAGUAGGUGACCACAGAAAAAAAGGGAGAACGAACAAGAAACACAGAACACACACACAAACAUGAAGUUGUCAACGUAUCUACUGGUGUUGUGCGCGUCGCUGGUCGCCGUUACGGCUGCGCCUGCGCCGGAACCAGAACCGGCGGCGAACCCGCAGCCGGAGGCGAACCCACAGCCCAACCCGGACGACCGGCCGGAGAUCAUCGAGAUCAUCGCACCAGCGGCCAGCGCACAGGAGACGUUAGCUACGCUGAACCUCGGUGCUCCCGGCUCCGAACUGAGUGAAAGAAACAAACGUACGAUCGGCAUCCUCAGGCAACUUUUCCCCACAUUAACACAGAACGCGGCCGCUGAUGAGAACCAACUCCUUUCUGGAGCGGAGUCUCAGCAAGCCGAGGUGCGGGUAGCAUUCGGUGAAGGUCAAAGCCAGGACCAGCAAGUAGCAGCCAGUGAAGACCAACAGGCUAAUUCGGCUACGAUUGACGAAAUCACCCUUGAUGAUGCUGACAACAGCGAAGAAAACAGGAACAAACGAUUUCUGAGCUUCGGAGGCCAAGCAGGAGCAUCCGGAGGCGGCUCUGGUAACUUCUUAUUCGACAUCGUCAGGCUCGUAGCCGGUUCAUCAUCGGGCUCAUCUGGAGGUGACGCAGCAGCAGCCGAGGGUGAUGACGCCGGCGCAGCCAAGGGAGACAACCUCACAGAAGGAGUCCCCGGCCCCAUCACCAGGCUCUUUAUCAUCGCCAACCGCGGCAUAGCCAACCUCAUCCAGGACCUCAUCCUCCGUAUCGCCCAGACCUCCGAGAGGAUAGUCAACUUCAAGGCGCGACUCAUCACCUCCAUCAUUUAACGCGUCCGCGUCUAGACCAAUAACACUAGUUUUAGCAGUAGCUUAGAAGGAUCUGGAAAUGGGUGGACGUGACUAUGAAGACACUAUAGCGAGUGUCUUACGUAUUGGUAAUGAUUGUUAUUGAAUAUACAAUUCUAAAGAUAAGGUUCAAAUUGUUUUGUAGUUGUGUGAUGAACAAAUUUAGUGCAGUCGCGUUGGCAUCAAUUUUUAAAUAGAAAGCAGUUCCGCUGGCGUUCCUGUGCUACGUAGCCAUUCGAGGUUAAGAGGUGUUUAAGUAAUUAUUUUGUAUAAUGAAUUUAUUUUUAAUGAAAGAUUUAAGUUAUGCCAAGCCAUGUCCUCUCAUCUGUAGAACCGAUAAAUAGUGAGUGCUACGCUGGCCGGCCCACCAGACAAUUAGUGGAACAGCGGAUUACUUAGCUCAUAAUUUUACAACCUUUUUUAUUUUUUAUUAAUCGAAUUUAUUUCCGCGUGUUCCAACUUUGAUCGAAGGAGAUCGUCUAUGGCUCAGAAGGUAUAUAGGAUCGGUCGUUUUCACAGACAUAAAUUAAAAUAGACAGCGCAACUGUUUCAAAUUGCAUAAAAAAAUGUGGUGGAAAAGAAUUGGCCUUGAGCCCCUUUGAGCCACUGACCACUGGUUUCUAUUCUAUCGAUUUUACAUCUGAAUAUGACAUAGUCAGACAUUUUAUAAAAAUUGCGAUUAAAGCCGGGAUUUCAAUAUGAUGACACGUUGAAAUAAAAUAGCGUUAAAGGAAAAAUUUUGGUUUCAAUUUGGCGAGUUUGCACGCAAAUUACAACAAUCAUACACUUCCGUCGUCUAUUUAGAGCUAUGUCUGUGGUCGUUUUCGUUGUUUUAAAAAUAGAGAUGUACAUUAAUUUUAUGAGGUUCGAGCAUAGACUGUUUGUGUAGACCUUCUGGUCCUCGAGGGUGAUUUGAUAGGCUUAGGCCUAGGAUUAGUGGCCCACUUGUGGGCCGUGGGCUGGCCCGAGACGGCGGCGUGGCGCGGCCGAGGGGCCGCCCG